UAUACAAGGGCAGUGCACGAAUCUUAAAAAUAUUUGUUUAGAUUAAUAAAUAAAAAACAAAAUUCAAAACAAAAUGGGCGACACCAACGACCGCAACAGGCUUAUCUCAAUGUGUUUGCCAAAGUCUAACCAAAGCAGCCAACCAAGAGCUACUAACAUUUACCAAAACGAUGCAAAAGCUUACUCUUCUCCAAAACCCUCGACUAGUUCGGGUACUUCUUCUUCACCAAAGAAGAAACUUAGGCCUGCUAAAGCUUUAAUAUUCAAUCAUCAAAAUUUCGACAAUCCGAAAUAUAAUCGCCCCGGAAGCCGCCAUGAUGUAAAUGCAUUAAAUAAAGUUUUGAAAGACAAAUAUAAAUGCGAUACUGACGUCAUCCCGGAUGCAACAGUUGCCGAGGUUAAAAGUGUGAUGGAUGAAAUGAUGAAGAAGAACUUUGAGGAGCAUUCUGCCUUGGUUACUAUUGUUCUUAGCCACGGUGACCAAAACGAAACAAUUAUGGCCAAAGAUGGAAAGUACUCGCUGGACAAAGAUAUACUCCAUCCAAUUUUAAAAAAUCAGACCCUUGUGGAUAAACCAAAGAUAUUCUUCGUGCAGACUUGCAAAGGAGAAAUUAUAGGAUAUAGAAUGGACUUCCCUUUCAGUCCAAGCGAAGUUUUCAUAUUCUAUAGCAGUUUUGAAGGUUACGUUUCCUGGAUUAACAGGAAUGGAUCAAUUUUUAUACAAACUCUCUGUGAGGUUUUAGAGAGAGAUGGAGAGACCAAGGAUAUUGAUGCCAUAAUGGGAAAAGUCAUAGCUACGGUAAAAAAUACAAGAAUAAUACAAGACGAGCAGCAGAUUCCAUCGGUUCUCACAACAUUGACACAAAAAUACUGUUUUGGAGAUUAUAUGCACAAUAAAUCAUAGUCGACAAGAAAAAUAAUUUUUUAUAUUUUUAAACAUUCAAACCAAUAAAGGAAGCGAUAAAGAAAGUAAAAAAAGUAAAUAAAAAAGAAA